AUGCAAAAUGUCGCCGAUGAGCAACGGACUCUCGCUAACACACGCAGGCAUGUCUUCGGCAUCCUACACAACCCGGAAGUCAUCAAUCCUCGGUCGUCCCUCAGCACUCUGACCAGUCUGUCUCUUCCUUCCAGCUCGAACAGGAGUUCUCCCAAGCUCGAUGCCCACCGCCCGUCGCUCCGGCAUAGCCACUGGAGUAGCAUCAGUGGUGCGUCCACGGAUAGUGAAAAUGCAUCUUCAAGAGGCGAACCGGACAUGAUCUGGCUACCUGUGGUUGCGCGCGUCAGUACGCAUGUUGUGCGCCUAGAGAGAGAGUUUCAAUACAACCAGUGGAUGAUGAAGGAAUGCGAUCCAGAGUGUACCCACACCGUUCGACCGAUCGAAAUCUUCAAACUGCCCGCUACCCCCGGCGAUGAACAGCCUCUGAUUGCUUGCGUCUAUGAAGCGCCGGGGAAGAACUAUCUCGGAGAAGUUUUAGAUUUUGGCCCGGCUUUCUAUGGAAGGCAGGUCCAUCGACAAAACACCGAUGGCACGCCGGGCGAACGUGUACCACUUCAAGCAUUCCUGGACUUUGCCCUCGGGGCCUCGGAAGCGCUUGAAUUGCUACACCAUGGAGCCAAAAUAAUCCAUGGCGAGAUCAGAGCUGACAGUUUUCAUUGGAAUCGUGAAACCAACUCUAUCAAGCUCGCAAAUGGAGGCAACGGCCCUCGCUCAUUUGACAAUAUCUUAUCAAGUGAAGGUUGGGCUACGCUGAGUAGGGAACUCGGUGUCAAGACGAAACUACAGUUCAUUGCUCCUGAGCAGACAGGGCGUCUUGCAGCGGAUCCUGACAGUCGGACAGACAUAUAUAGCCUUGGCGUUCUUUUCUGGACUCUUCUUACAGGACAACCUGCCUUUGAUGCGGAAACACCUAUCGAUAUUAUCCAGAGGGUUCUCACCCAUCGCCUACCCCAGGUCACAGCUAUCCGCAUGGAUAUUCCUGACGCCAUCUCACACAUCAUCGCAAGGAUGACCCAGAAACAAAUGGAUGAGCGAUAUCAUUCUAUUAGUGGAGUCAAAUACGAUUUGUUGCAGAUCCAGAAGUUUUUGGGCGAGGGCGAUCAGGAAAAGAUCAAGAAUUACAAGGUUGGCCAACGAGAUGUAUCGUCUUUCUUCAUUCUCCCAUCCAAACAGUUUGGGCGGAAUUCCGAGAUUGAGAAAAUCACCAAGAUCAUUGAAAAAGCACAUAAACGGCAUAGCUCGACAGGUACUCGCCAUUCACCUUCACAAGCCGGACUUCUCAGUGCCGCUUCUAAUUCUUCUAUGUCUGACGGCCGGCCAGACGGUCCAGAGCUAGGCGAUGGGUCUGAUUCCUCCAGCUCCUUUGGAUUUAGGGAGUCUCGGAGCAAUUCUACCACGAUUGGGCUUGAUGGCCCGUCUUUCACUCCAAAUUUUGGGAGCAAGCCUAAUCUUCUGGGCAAACGUCUUACUAGUUCACGUGGUGGCCCACUGGACUCUUUGUCCGAUCGCGAUAGCAGUUUGUCUAGCGGUCUGCAAUCGACACCCGAUAGUGUACCGGGGAUGAUGACAAGACGUCGCAAUAGCCACAAGUUCAAGCGGCGCACAAAGACGGAGGUGGUCACAAUCCUGGGCCCUGCUGGAGUAGGCAAGACGGCCCUCAUCAAAGCGAUUCAGCCAUCCAUCCGUCGUCACGGCUACUUUGCUUUGGGCCGAUUUGACCGAGCUCGACCAUCUCCUUUCGAACCGAUGAUCAAAGUCAUGGCGAGUUUGUUCAGGCAAAUAUUCUCCGAGAAAGAUGUAAAUACACCUUAUCACGAACACUUGCGAGCGCACGUCAGCCCUUUUUGGCCCAUUCUGAGUUCAAUGCUGGAUUUACCUGCAACUCUACUUGAUGUCACAGUGCUCUCAAAGAAGCUCUUAACAAAGGGGGAUACGACUACGGCGACGCAGAGUGUCAACACGGAAGUGCCGACAAUUGACAGUGGGCACAAGGCAGUAAAUGGGACGGCAAACCAUAGCUUAUGGGAUGCGAACGAUUUUCUUCGUGGCCCUGCUAAUACCAGGUCUAUACGACUCAUCAAUACCUACAUGGAUGUUCUUCGGACGAUCUGCACCGGCAAGCUGAUCUGUCUAUGUCUUGACGAUCUGCAGGCAGCUGAACCGGAGUCAAUAAAUUUGCUAAUGCAUAUCAUCAAGGCUAAAAUUCCUGCCGUUUUGUUGCUAUCGAGUCGUGUCGAAGACGGACAGAUUCCAGACUCCACGGCAAAGAUCCUCGAGCUCGACUCGAACAACAAAAUUGAGCUUGGAAAUCUCCGGGAAAAGUACGUUUUUGAGUAUGUUGCUGCAACUAUGUCUCAACCCGUCGAAACGGUCGUGCCUCUCGCUGCGGUGGUGUAUGCAAAAUCAGAGGGAAAUCCCUUUCUGUUUAAAGAUAUCCUCCAGACCUGCUACCAGCGUGAAUGCUUGUGGUACGAUUGGAGAGCAUCAGGCUGGCAGUUUGAUCUGGACAAAAUUUUCGAUGAAUUUGCCUCGGAUUCACGCUUCUCGGGCGCUGAAUAUCUGCAAAGACGCCUUCAAGAAAUAUCACCUGCAUCAAGAUCCAUCCUUGCAUGGGCCUCGUUAUUGGGAAGCACGUUUUCUUUCAAGUUGAUCCAACACAUCAUGUCAGGCGAACAUUUCUACAGCAGUGGGAGAGAUCAGGCAAAUGAUGCUACCUGUCCCAAGCGCGCCAAAUUGUUCAACCUUUCUGAAUCGGACUUGGUGAAUGGAUUGCAACAGUUGGUCAACUCCUACAUCAUUACUCCCGGACAAACCGAUGAUGAGUUUCGCUUCUCUCAUGCGCGAUACUUGAAAGCUGCGAAUGAGAUGCGAGAGUGUCAAAACACCACGAAGAUGCAUUUUAUCAUUGCCCAGACAAUGAUGGCUUAUCUCAGCCAAUGCAAGUAUAGUCUCUAUCCAUUAUCCCGUCAUAUCUGUCUUUCUGCCGACAUUAUCAAGCAGCGCGUUCCUGUACGCAUGCGUUAUCGAGACGUGCUGUGGCGAGGAGCCCAGAAAGCACUCGAGACGGGAGCAACGCCAACAGGUCUAGAGUAUUACAAAAGCGCGCUCAAACUGCUACAGGACGAUAAGUGGAACAGUGAUGACCCUGACGUCUUCUACGAUGAGACUUUACAAUUGACCGUUAACACCGCGGAGGUCAUGUACAUGCAAGGCGAAGUAACAGAGGCUUUGGCUCUUCUAGAGGAUACCUUUCAGCAUGCGCGGUGUUCCGCGGACAAAACAAGGUCAUACAUUCUCAAAGGCAGGAUCCUGUCAUCUCUAGGUCAAUACCUACUUGCUUUCGAAGCACAUCGGGAGUGUUUGGCAGAGCUUGGAUUGCCAUUGCCCGAAAAGACCUGGGAGGAGUGUGAUCUAGAUUUCAAGAGGCUGGAAUUCCGCUUGCGAGAAACCAACCGAGAAGAACUCAUUGCACGACCCCUCAGUGACGACAGAACCGUAAUCGCUUUAGGAACUCUUCUCAGUGAAGCUCUCGGAGCUCUCUACUGGUCAGACGCCUUAAGGUGGUAUCAGUUGGUCACUGAGUACAUCUCGGCUAUCCUAGACCGUGGCGCAUUCCUUCAAGCCGGACUAGGUUUUGCGAUGAUGGGUGCCGCAGCGAUAGGUCGUUUCAAAGACAUAGAAUUGGGUCUCUUAUGUGGUGAGAUGGCUCAAGAGUACUUCACGCUAUACGACGACCCUUGGACGCGUGGCAGAGGGUGGACUCUGUACACCUUAUUCAUUGGCCAUUUUCAGACACCAGUUCGAAAUCUCCUUCCCAUCCUCGAUAACGCGCUCGAGUACUCACUGUCGUCGGGAGAUCGAUUUGUAAGCAUCUUGAAUAUCGGUGUGAUGGCUAUUUCGAGGCUUUGGUCUGGACAGGAUUUGUCCGAAGUAGAGGCAUUCUGCAAUUAUGGACCAGAAGAAUUUGACGAUUGGGAAAGCGACCAUCGAGGUGGCACGCUACUGAUGAUUACGCGACAGGCGGCUCGAGCUUUGCAGGGAAAGACUGGAAUUGAAGACGUCAAUACGGUCCUCGAUGAUGACAAACACAAGAGAGCUCAGUGGCUUGCGGAAUGCGCAAAGGCUGCCAACCCCGAGCGACCGCGUGAUAUUUACAUGGCUGUCGGCCUCCUAGUCUAUACCAUCUUGGGCUAUCACGAAUUUGUGGUGGAAACCGGCUCAGCGUUGCUGGCGACGGGCUUGGACGAACUGUGGUCUAACAGGCCAGCCUAUGGUGCACGUUUUGCCCUGGGUAUGUCGCUUUUGGCUAUAGCUCGAACUAAGCCUGAGGAGGAGCGUGGCCCGUACAUCGACAAAGCGAAGAUUAUGAAGCGAGACAUUGACGAACUUGGCAGGGUGAAUGAUGUCAACUUCUACGCAUGGUCACGCCUCCUGGACGCUGGCAUCUGUGAGUUAACAGGUGUAUAUUCUGGCAUCAUUUCAAACCUGGAGGCCGCUGUGGACCACUGCCAAGUCCACGGGUUUGCUUUGGAGGAAGCUCUUGCUAUUGAAAUGCAGGCUGAAUUUCUUCUUGCCAAAGGCGCGAAGAGGGCCGGUAAGGUCAUGAUACAAGAAGCCAUCACCGCCUGGAAUCGGAUCAAUGCCAGUGGGAAAGCCAAACAGCUUUCAGACAAGCAUGAGUGGCUGAUCAAGACUGCAACUACGUCGCGUACGGUGGAAGCGACGACCCAGACAGAAGACCUGCAUGCUCUCCCUGUGUCGGAGGAGGCUCAGGCACAAAUCAAGAGGGAGUACACGACCGCCUGGGUUCAGCCCAAGGGUGCGGGCGCAACUCAUUCGUCUCCGGAUGUACCUGGGCUGGGUCUCGAUAUCUUGGACCUGACCUCUAUCCUUGAGUUCUCCAGAGUUAUCAGCUCCGAAUUGCAGAUAAACAACCUUCUGUCCAAGAUGAUAUCUGUCAUCCUGGAGUCCGUCGGAGGACAGGCGGAGUUCUGCGCUAUUGUCAUAGACUCGGAAGACCAAGGAUGGUGUGUCGCCGCCAGCGCGGAUCACGAGACUGGUGUCAAAACAUACCCUGAUGGUAUCCCGUUUUCAGAAGUUGAUGAUCAGGCAGCGCAACAGAUCACGCAUUACUUGCUUCGCACGAAGGAAACUGUUUUCGUGCAGAAUGUGCUCGAAGAUGACCGCUUUUCGAACGUCGGAGAUGCAUAUCUGGCCCGAAACCCACAAGGACGGUCGAUUAUUGCAAUCCCAAUCAUACAAGCCGAUCAUCUAAUGGGCGUGAUUCAUCUGGAAGGGCGACCGAACGCAUUCACGCAACGGAACAUGAUUGUUCUCAACCUGUUGACGAAUCAAGUUGCCAUUUCUCUCGGCAAUGCUCUUCUAUAUCGGAAGGUCCGAAAAGUGAGCGCAUCCAAUGCUAGCAUGGUCGAAUCGCAGAAACGUGCGCUUGUAGCUGCACGAGAGGCCGAGACCAAGGCAAAGAAAGCGGAGGCCGAGGCAAUGCACAACGUCAAAUUGAAAGAAGAAGCCGCCAAAGCCAAGUCUAUCUUCCUUGCCAAUGUUAGCCACGAGCUCCGGACGCCGCUCAAUGGCGUAAUUGGCAUGUCAGAACUUCUCAAGGGCACGCCGUUGAGCAAAGACCAAGAGCAGUAUGCCGACAGCAUUCGCGUCUGUGCGGAUACUCUCUUGACUGUGAUCAACGAUAUCCUUGACUUCUCUAAGCUAGAGGCAGGAAAGAUGCAAAUGUUCACAGUGCCUCUCAACCUCAAGGAGACCAUUACAGAGGUGGUAAGAGCUCUAGCCUACACGAACCAGGAGCACGGCCUCCAAACCAUUGAGGACUUGCAGAUUGAUGAUGGCCUGGUGCUCGGUGAUCCAGUCCGACUGCAUCAAAUUUUCAUGAACUUGUUAAGCAACGCCUACAAGUUUACUCCUCAAGGUUCAGUUACUGUCCGAGCACGCAAGAACGCAGAAUCACGAGACAGGGUCAAGAUCACCUGCUCCGUAGCCGAUACUGGCAUUGGUAUAACGCAGGAACAGCUCGCUCGGCUAUUUCAACCGUUCUCCCAGGCAGACUCAUCCACGGCUCGAUCAUAUGGUGGAAGCGGUCUCGGCCUGAGCAUCUGCAAAGCUAUGAUCGAGAACGUGCUCGGCGGUAAAAUUUGGAUCGAGUCUACACCGGGCGUCGGCACAACUGUCUCAUUCACUCUGACUUUCCAAAAGGCACCCAAGGAUAGUAGUGUGCCCGGUGAUAUGAAGAUUGCCGCCAAGGAUCCUGAUCCAAUGGCCAAUUGGUCCCAAGCAGCCAGCCCCGAGACGGAGCAGAAGAACAUCAGCUUUUGCGACUUGUCCAAGAUACCGCGCGAGGAAAUUCGUGUGUGCAUUGCCGAGGACAACCAGAUCAACCGAAAGAUUGCCAUUUCUUUUGUCAAGAAGAUUGGAUUCACCUGUGAGGCAUACGAGGAUGGCAAACAAGCAUACGAUGCUCUGAAGGCACAAAGUAAAGCGGGUAAACCAUUUCACCUGGUGCUUAUGGAUGUUCAAAUGCCGGUUCUGGAUGGUUAUGAGGCGACCAAGGCCAUUCGAGCCGACCCCGAUCUUAACGUCAGUCAAGUUCUCAUCAUCGCUAUGACAGCGUCAGCUAUUCGUGGCGACCGAGAAAAGUGCUUGGAGGCAGGAAUGAAUGACUAUCUCGCGAAGCCGGUGCGACAGACAGCGUUGAAAUCAAUGAUCGACGAAUAUCUCAAUAACACCAAGCUGGCUGCCGACGUUACAACAAAUGGAUCAACAAGCCUGACUCCGGGAGACAAGCUCAAUGGGACGCGGGGAGAAGAAGCUUCUCAACCUGUAAAGACGAUGGCCAACGGAGAUUUUCCAUCCCCUACCGGCGAAAGACCCAAAUCCAGACGGCCGUUCAAACGGGUGAUGAAAAAAAUCGAUAGCACCAUUGCCGAAGUGAAAGAAGACCAAAACCGAAGUGACAGUCCACCAAGUGGGAAACGGGCGACGGACGAGUUGGGCAAGAUCAGCAGUGAAAGUAUCCCGCCCAAAGAUUUCAUGCUCGUGGCGAGCCCUACUGUCGAUGGAAACGGGGCGCUACUAAAUGGAGCCGAGUCUGCUUCUGGAAACAGUGGAGAAGCUCCUGCAUUCACCCCAGGUCCGCCUCCACUCAAUGGAGAGGCCAAUGGAAGCAAAUAG